AAGAGAGACAACCAGCAGCAAACAAAUGUCAUUCCAUCAAGUGCCGUGUGUUAGAUUGAUGAAAAGAAAGGUGACGAAACAGACAAAGAAAUUGGCCCUGAAGUGCUGCUUUGCCACAUAAUGUAUAGCUCUAAAUGCACCUACGUGACUUUGUAUUGUCCAUCUCGGUUAAUGCGCGUGUGUCGGAAUAGCACUCGGCGUGUUGCCGAAAUGGCCCCGCAGCAAAGCACCCAAUCAAUCGUCGUAACGUUGCAUCUUUCAGGUGACGUUUUGAAUGAAACCUGGCCAGCGCGUCUGCGGCUUUAAGGGUUUUCAAUUUGCAGCGGCUUUCUUGGGGGCACCGCUCGGCGGCCGGCGGAUCGAUGCGAGAUGACUUGAAAAUUGCUAAUGUUAUUUACAUCAAAGUGAGACUGGAGGAAACCAAUUAUGCCAGUGAGUCGAGGCAAUAUUCCUAAGUGGCUUGUCUCCAGGGAAAAGAUGCCCUAAUAUUUUUAAAUGAUUAUUGUUCGUGUUUUUUUUUUUAAUCAGAAGAAGCAGAAACUCAAGAGACCCCACAGGUAUUGGAUAGGGUGCUAUACUUUAUUAGGUACAGCUGUAAAGGCUAAUGACAUUCAAUAGGAAGAUGCAUCAAACUAACAAGUGGGUCUUCCACACGGAGGCAACCAAUCAGAGUAAAUGGGGUGGUCUUAGCCAAAUAUCGACAAAGCGGAUGCAAAACUGGGUCAAACAGAAGUAGCUGUCAGAGGGAGUGUUUCUGGUGUUUUUGUAAAUGAAAUUGACACUUUUAUACCAUGUUAGAGAGUCACUCUAUGGAGGUCUAAAUAGCCAAAUGUGGGAUCUUAAAAACAAAUUAAAAUAAAAUAAUGACCUAAUAAAUUGGAAAGUAAAGAGUAAACAGUUUUUUGCCACUUUUUUUUUUUUGCUUCAUUUCAAUGGCCAUUGUACUGUUCCUUCUAGUGUGUGCACCUUGGCCACCUAGAGGCAGUAUAAUGCAAACAUAUGGACAUACAUGAAGAAGAGUAUUACAACUGACUCAGUAAGCUGCAGUAAUAUGUCAUUUUUCGCAAAAGAUAAAGAAUAAAUGCCUGUCAGUAUUGCUGUAUUGUCUGUCUACAUGUGUUGCAUGGCCAUUUGUGUUCAAAUAUAUGUCGUUUAAAGGGUUAUGAUACAGGAUGAUGUUUACAAAGAUUUUAUGACUGCGCCUAUUUUGACCCUGGGUGGUCUUUUUUGUCAUGUGUAAAAUUGUGUGUGGACAUCGCAGAAGUGAUUUUUGUUUGAAAUUCGACAGAUUUGAAGUUCUUAUAGUGAAGCAGCAAUGCCUCUCAUGUAUGUAACCAUACCAUCUUUACAAAGGCAAAUUUCUUUGAUGCAGGUCUCAAAUUGGAUAUCAUUACUGUAUCUAGGUUCGGUGCACUUUAGUGUAGAUUUGAUGUAUAUCAAGCUUGGCGAAUUGUGUUAAGAUGGCCACUACUAUCCUGUGUGUUUCUGCAGUGUGGAAUUUCCUUUUUAGUGACUCUCUUCAGAGUCUCAUCUUUCCAUCUUCUGGCAGCGGUUUGGUUGUAUUUUUCAUGUUUCCAUUUGCAGUUACGACUGUCUCAAGCAAAGACCUGCGAGUUGAUCUGUUGCUCGGGAGGGACCUGAUUUGGUCUGCGAGCAAGCCGCCGCCGCCGCCGAUGAGGCGUUAAGACCGAUGUAGCAACUAGAGAGGCAGCCGAGGUGAGCGCAUCCAAUUAGGCGAGCCGCAACGGCAGCGCCAGUGCAAAUGUCAGCAAGAGGAGCGUGGACAAUUAACUGGGAAGCUCAAGCGAAAGGGCCGGCUGCUUUUUAUCUUACAGUUGUACUCUCACGUGUGACAAAUGGCGUGCAUCUCCUGUCCUUAUUGUUUGCUUUCACUCAAGCAGACUCUGCAUACACAAGUGAGGCGCCUCUCAAAUGAAACUCAUUUCAAUCAAAUCCGUGGAGCUGAUGCAAAUGUGGCGGCUUGUGAAAGGGCACGAUGCAUGUUCCCCAGCUCCACAGCACCGAUUUUGUCGCAUUUCCACCGACUGCUUCUCCCUGAAUUCAACUUUAUACAUUUGCAUUGACAUUAAAGGCAGCUUUGGAAUACAAAGAGUGUCUACCAUUUAAUGGAAGGGAGCAUAUUACAGUAAAUGUAUUCUUCGUGUUUUCAUACAAAAACUUGCCUGCCUGCCACCCAUCAAAUGUGCAAUUGAAUAACAAAGUGAAUGUGUUUGCUGCCUAUUUCUGAAAAUGUGUCAAUUUACAGAAUAACCGCCCCCACAGCAACUUUCUCUGCCCAAGACAUGAUCAAUUUCCCCAGACAAAGAUCCAGAGCCACUUUCAAGUCACCGUUUAGUCUUGAGAUCCGACCACCGGACGAGAAACGCGAUCAUGUCGUGGCACUAUCUUGCAGAAACACCCACAUCCUCAAGGGUGCGACGCCAAAAGCAGUCUGACGCACAAGAGCAGCAAGGCAGCAGCAAAGCAUCGUCGAGCGACACAAGGCGAAAGCAGCAGCCAGGACGCUCGUCUCUCUCCCGGGGGGGUUAGGGUGCGUGCGUGGGCCGCCCCAGAGCAACAUGUUCCCCGCGUGGGGACGCGGAAAGAAGCGCUCCGGGAGCUCGACGGCGGCGGUGCAGCCGCAGCAUCAGCAGCAGCAGCAGCAGCAGCAGCAGCGGCGGCGGCGGCGCCGGACCAUGGCUGCGUCUGGACGGGUCAGGAAGAUGUGGGUCUCCUGUUGGAUUCUGCUCUCGGCGACGUGCUUCUGCGCCCGGGCUCAAGUAGAUGACGUGCCACCUUACUUCAAGAUGGAGCCCCCUCAGAUCCAGGUUCACCUGGAGGGCAACCGGCUCGUCCUCACCUGCAUGGCGGAGGGCAGCUGGCCUCUGGAGUUCAAGUGGAUCUACAACGACACCGAGCUCACGCGCUUUUCCUUGGAAUACAGGUAUCUCAUCCCCUCGCUGGACCGAUCCCACGCCGGCCACUACCGCUGCAUCGUGCGGAAUCGAGUGGGGGCCAUCAUGCAGUGCAGCACUGAAGUGAGGGUCGCAUACAUGAGCGGCUUCGUGGAGGGCGAGCGCUCGCAGACGGUGUCGCAGGGCGACGGCGCCCUCGUCCGCGCGCCGCGCAUCCACAGCUUCCCCAAGCCCCAGAUCACGUGGUUCCGCGACGGACGCAAGAUCCCCUCCAGCGGCCGCAUCGCCAUCACCCUCGACAACACCCUGGCCAUCCUGUCCACUGUGGCGCCCGACGCCGGCCGCUACUACGCACAGGCCGUCAACGACAAAAACGGCGAGAACAAAACCAGUCAGCCCGUCACGCUCGCCGUGGAGAAUGUGGGAGGACCCGCGGACCCCGUCGCCCCCUCCAUCAUCGUCCCCCCGAAGAACACCAGCGUGACCGUUGGGCGGAACGAGGCCAUCUUGGAGUGCGUCGCCAACGCCAGGCCGCUGGUCAAGAUGAGCAUCACGUGGAGGAAAGACGGCGCGGUCGUCCGCGCGGGGAUCCGAGAUUUCGGCCGCCGACUGGUCAUCAGCCAGCCGACGGUCGCCGACGGCGGCUACUACGAGUGCGAGGCGGCGCUCCGCGGCAGCGGCGUGCCCCCGGUCGCGACCGGCGCCUUUCUGCACGUGCUCGAAUACCCUCUGUUUGUGAAAGAGCCACCCAUUCACAUCACUGCUGAGAUGGAGAAGGUGGUGGACAUCCCGUGCCAGGCUCGAGGCACGCCUCAGCCAGACAUCGUGUGGUACAAGGACGCGGCGGCCAUCAGCACGGUGAAGAUCCCCAGGUACAAAAUUCUGGCGGGAGGCAGUCUGCAGAUCAACGGCCUUCUGCCCGACGACACGGGAAUGUUCCAGUGCUUCGCCCGCAAUCUGGCCGGAGAGAUCCAGACCAACACCUACCUCGCAGUCACCAGCAUCGCUCCCAACAUCACCGCCGGCCCCGCUGACAGCGCCGUGAUUGACAGCAUGUCAGUCAUCCUGCACUGCGAGACGUCCGGAGCCCCGCGGCCAGCCAUCACCUGGCAGAAAGGUGAGCGCGUCCUGGCCAGCGGCUCGGUUCAGCUGCCCAGGUUCACCCUGCUGGAGUCGGGCAGCCUGCUCAUCAGUCCGUCCCACCUGUCCGACGCGGGGACGUACACCUGCAUGGCCAGCAACUCCAGAGGCAUCGACGAAGCCUCUGCCGACCUGGUGGUGUGGGCACGCACCCGCAUCACCAAGCCGCCGCAGGACCAGAGCGUCAUCAAGGGAACCAAGGCGGUCAUGGCCUGCGGCGUUACACACGACCCCAGCGUCAGCAUCAGCUACGUGUGGGAGAAAAGCGGUUCUGCGCUGGACGUGAAGGCGUCGCCCCGCCUGCGACUGGACGCCGAGGGCACCCUGCACAUCUCCCAGACGUGGUCCGGCGACAUCGGCACGUACACCUGCCGCGUCACCUCCGUGGGCGGGAACGACUCCCGCAGCGCCCACCUCCGAGUCAGGCAACUCCCUCACGCGCCCGAGAACCCCGUGGCGGCGCUGAGCAGGACGGAGAAGCGCGCCAUCAACCUGACGUGGGCUCAGGCCUUUGACGGCAACAGCCCGCUCAUCCGCUACAUCCUGGAAGUGUCCGAGAACAACGCUCCGUGGACGGUGCUCCUGGCCAACAUCGGCCCGGAGUCCAACGGGGUAGCGGUGGGCGGCCUCAUCCCGGCACGCUCCUAUCAGUUCCGCCUGUGCGCCGUCAACGACGUCGGCCGAGGACAGUUCAGCAAAGAGAGCGAGCGGCUAACCCUUCCCGAGGAGCCCCCCAGCGCGCCCCCUCAGACGGUGAUGGCCAGCGGCCGCACCAACCAGUCCAUUAUGAUUCAGUGGCAGCCGCCCCCCGAGAGCCACCAGAACGGCCCCCUGCAGGGUUACGUCAUCAGGUACUGUUUGUCCGGGCUUCCUGUGGACUGUCAGAUAAGGAACAUCACCAGCCCGGAUCAGAGCAGCCUGCUGCUGGAGGACCUCAUCAUAUGGACCAACUACGAGAUCGAGGUGGCCGCCUACAACGGGGCGGGCAGGGGCGUCUACAGCCACAAGGUGACCGAGUGGACGCUGCAAGGAGUGCCCACGGUGCCACCGGGAAAUGUGCAAGCCGAGCCGGUCAACUCCACCACGGUGCGCUUCACCUGGCGCGCCCCCAGUCCGCAGUUCAUCAACGGAAUCAACCAAGGCUACAAGCUGUUGGCGUGGGAGCCCGGCCGGGCCGGCGAGGUCGCCGUGGUGACGGCGCGCCCCAAUUUCCAGGACAGCGUCCACGUGGGCUACAUCUCGGGCCUGAAGAAGUUCACCGAGUACUUCACGUCGGUGCUGUGCUUCACCACGCCGGGGGACGGCCCGCGCAGCCCCCCUCAGCGACUGCGCACCCACGAGGACACCCCCGGUGCUGUGGGACACCUCAGCUUCACCGACAUUUUGGAUACCUCCCUAAAAGUCAGCUGGAAGGAGCCUCAGGAGAAAAACGGUCUUCUCACAGGCUAUCGCAUCUCGUGGGAGGAGUUCAACAGGACCAACACGCGGGUGACGCACUACCUGCCCAACCUGACGCAGGAGUACAAGGUGACGGGCCUGACCGCGCUCACCACGUACACCAUCCAGGUGGCCGCCAUGACCGCCAAGGGACAAGGCCAGCUGUCCGCCUCCACCAUCUCCUCGGGCGUCCCGCCAGAGCUACCCGGCCCCCCGACCAACUUGGCCAUUUCCAACGUGGGCGCUCGCUCCGUCAGUCUGCAGUUCAAGCCCGGCUACGACGGCAAGACGUCCAUUUCCCGCUGGCAGGUGGAAGCCCAGAUCGGCAUCAUCGGGGAGAAUGAGGAGUGGCUGAUGGUUCACCAGCUGGCUAACGAGCCUGACGCCCGAGCAAUGGAGGUCCUGGAACUGAAUCCUUACACCUUCUACAGGUUCAGAAUGCGGCAGGUGAACAUCGUGGGCACCAGCCCCCCCAGUCAACCUUCUAGAAAGAUCCAGACCCUUCAGGCCCCUCCGGACGUCUCCCCCGCCAACGUCACCCUACGCACGGCCAGCGAGACCAGCCUGUGGGUCCGCUGGGUGCCUCUUCCCGAAUGGGAGUACAACGGAAAUCCCGAUCUGGUCGGCUACCGCAUCCAGUACUCCAAAUCCGGCUCCAAAGGAGGCGUUCUCUCGCACGUCAUCAUGGACCGGCUGGAGCGGGAGUUCACCAUCGAGGACCUGGAGGAGUGGACCGAGUACGAGGUCCGACUUCAAGCCGUCAACGGGAUCGGGUCCGGACCCUGGAGCCAGCCGGUCCACGGGAGAACCAGAGAGUCCGUGCCUUCCAGUGGUCCCGCCAAUGUGUCGGCCUUUGCCACCACCUCCAGCAGGAUCCUGGUGCGCUGGGGCCAGGUCCCGGAGACGGACCGCAACGGACUCAUCCUGGGAUACAAUGUCAUCUACAAAGAGAAGGACUCAGAUUCGGCCCCGAGCUUCUGGACGGUGGAGGGCAACACGAGCCACAGUGUCCUGCUGACGGGUCUGGGCAAGUACGUGCUCUAUGAGAUUCGGGUACUCGCCUUCACCCGCAUCGGCGACGGGAGGAGCAGUGCGCCGUCCAUCUUGGAAAGGACCCUGGAUGAUGUGCCAGGCCCUCCAGUUGGCAUCCUGUUCCCUGAAGUGAGAACCACCUCCGUCAGGCUCAUCUGGCAACCCCCAUCCCAACCCAACGGCAUCAUCCUGGCCUAUCAGAUCACGUACAGAAGAAACUCGUCCAGCGGUAGCGCCGCCACCGUUGACGUCUUGAGCCCCAGCGCGCGGCAGUACACGGCGGCAGCGCUGAAGCCCGAAACGGUGUACAUGUUUCGCCUCAGUGCGCAAACGCGCAAGGGUUGGGGCGAGGCCGCCGAGGCCUUGGUGGUCACGACAGAAAAGCGAGUCCGACCUCAACCCACCAGCCGGCCCGUCACGCCUCAGCAGGAAGUGCGGGCUCGCCGGGUGCUGUUGUCAUGGGAACCAGGCAGCGACGGCCUCUCUCCGGUGCGCUACUACACGGUGCAGUACCGAGAGCUCCCGGACAACAACUGGAUGGUCCACUCGACGUCGGUCAGCCACGAGAUCAACUCCUACUCGGUGGACAGGUUAAAGCCCUUCACGUCGUACCAGUUCCGCGUGAAGGCCACCAAUGACAUCGGCGACAGCGAGUACAGUCAGGAGAGCGAGGCCGUCACCACGCUGCAAGACGCCCCGGAGAAAGCCCCCACCAUUCUGUCUGUAACGCCGCACACCACCACGUCCGUGCUGGUCUGCUGGCAGUCUCCCUCUGAGGAUCACAUCAACGGCGUCCUGUUGGGCUUCAGGGUCCGCUACAGAGAGUUGUACUACGACCGAGUGCGCAGCUUCACCGUCCGCGCCGUGAACAGUCCCUCCCCCAGCUGGGCCGACCUCACCGCUCCUUACAGCAUCAGGAACUUGAGCGAAUCCUCGCUCACCCAGUAUGAACUUGACAAUUUGAGUAAACACAAGCGCUACGAGAUCCGACUGAGCGUGUACAACGCAGUGGGGGAGGGUCCGAGCAGUGCGCCACAGGAGGUCUUUGUGGGCGAGGCAGUGCCAACUGCGCCGCCCCAGAACGUCGUGGUCCAGUCCUCCACCGCCACCCAGCUAGACGUCGCUUGGGACCCCCCGCCGCCGGACGCGCAGAACGGCGACAUUCAGGGUUAUAAGAUUUACUUCUGGGAGUUUCAGCUGCAGAACGAGACGGAGCGCCUGCGUACGCUGUUCCUGCCCGAGUUGGGCGUGAAGCUGAAGAACCUGACGGGCUACACCACCUACAUGAUCAGCGUGGCCGCCUUCAACGCGGCCGGCGACGGCCCCCGAUCGCUGCCCACCAGAGGACGCACUCAGCAAGCAGCCCCCAGCGCUCCCGGCUUCAUCCACUUCGGUGAGCUGACCACCACUUCCGUCAACGUGUCGUGGGGCGAGCCCAAGCGGGCCAACGGCAUCGUGGAGGGCUACCGGCUGGUUUACGAGCCGUGCACUCCGGUCGACGACUCCUCUGCUCGCACUCCAGGUGUCAGUAAGAUAGUGACAGUGGACGUGAAAGGCAGCGCCCCCCUGUGGAUGAAAAUCAAGGACCUGGCCGACGGCGUCACCUACAACUUCCGCAUCCGCGCCAAAACGCUCACCUACGGGCCCGAGGUGGAGGCCAACAUCACCACGGGGCCCGGAGAAGGAGCGCCAGGCCCUCCGGGAGAGCCCUUCAUUUCUCGCUACGGUUCCGCCCUCACGCUGCACUGGACCAGCGGCGACCGAGGCCGCGCGCCCAUCACGCGAUACGUCAUCGAAGCGAGACCGUCUGAUGAAGGAUUGUGGGACAUCUUCAUCAAAGACAUCCCCAAAGAGGUCACGUCCUACACGCUCAACCUGGACAUGCUGCGAGAGGGCGUCACGUACGACUUCCGCGUCAUCGCCGUCAACGACUACGGCUACGGCUCGCCCAGCCUGCCCUCGCCCUCCAUAUCAGCCCAGAAAGUGUCGCCGUUCUACGAAGAGUGGUGGUUCCUGGUGGUGAUCGCGCUGGUGGGCCUCAUCUUCAUCUUGCUGCUGAUUUUUGUCCUCAUCAUCCGUGGACAGAGUAAAAAAUACACCAAAAACACUGAUUCAGGCAACCACUCCAACUGCACAGCGCUGCCGCUGACCCACGGCGAGAUGGUGCGCCUGGACGAGGGACGCUUCCCCUCGCUGGAGCUCAACAACAGACGGCUCUCGGUGAAAAACUCCUUUUGUCGCAAGAACGGCAUCUACACACGGUCACCGCCGAGGCCCAGUCCUGGAAGUCUGCACUAUUCCGACGAGGACGUGAGCACCAAAUACAACGACCUAAUUCCCGCAGAGAGCAGCAGCCUGACGGAGAAGCCCUCUGAGAUCUCAGAUUCUCAGGGCAGCGACAGCGAGUACGAGAUGGACCAAAGCCGGCAGAAGACGCACUCCUUCGUCAGCCACUACAUCAGCGACCCCACCUACUACAACUCGUGGCGGCGGCAGCCCAAGGGCGUAUCCCGGCCGCCGGCGUACGGCUACGCGCAGCCCGAGCCCCUCGCGGAGCAGGAGUCGCGACCGCAUCCGCCCCCCGUGCCACCCCUGCCCCCUCUGCCGCCUCUGCCGCCGCUCGUCCCGCAGAGCGCACCGUCCCCGCAGCCGCAAGCCCAGGGCCAGGGCGCCCCGUUCAGGCCCAAAGGAAGCCGGACUCCCACCCCGUCCCUGCUGUCGUCGGAACCUCCCAGCCAGCACGGCGCCCUCUACCGGCCCCCCAGCAGCCUGGGCUGCGCCGCCGCCGUCCCGCCGCCCGCCGCGGGCUUCUCCUCUUUUGUUUGAGGCGGUCGUUCAAAACGACGCCCUCUCGACGACUCUUUCUUUUUGUUUUCAAUAUUCCGCAUCGGCGGCGUCUUUCUCCUCUGCCGAGUGUGCGUGUGUUCAUCGACGUGAUGUUUAUUUAAUGAAAAAGACAAUCAUUUCAAGGGUUUUAUUUGUCACUCCAGUUGAACGCCGUUUCAAUUUGAAUACCGUGUUAUUGUUUCACAUGAGAGCUUUAUAGGUGAGGCCACCCGCUCGGAUGGAUGUAAAGAAAAAUCAUUUAAAAAUGAAAGAACAACAAACGACUGAAAAAGAGGCAGCGACAGUGGCUGCGGCCCGCUCGACUGCCUUCUCCUUUUCCUCACUCGGCCUGAUCGUUGUGUUUACGAUAUGUACUCGUCUCAUACUGUUUACCGGCUCUUUAUAUGAAUACGCUUCAAGCUGACUAGUCACAUUCAAGCAUCGUGGCACCUUUUGCUGGUUUUUGCGGGGGGGGGGGGUUGAUGUGCCGAUAUGUGUGCUGCUGCAGUAGAUAGCUAUACGAACUAUAACUUUUUUUUUUUUUUUUUUUUUUUUUUUUUUUUUUUAAUGAAAUGUGUGUCUUUUUGCUGUUAUCUUCAUCACAGACUGAAAGAGCAAAAGCACAAGUCACGGCAGAUCGGACGAUGUUACAAAAUUGCAGCUGCUGUGUCGGAGGACACGUGGGAAUUUAGUAGGAAAUGGUACAAAAUGUUGCGUGGAAAAUGUGACAGGACUGCUCAGGAAACACCAUGCUGCACAAAAUACAAAAACGUAACGGGCAGCAUGGUGGGUCGGUGGUUAGCAUGUCUGCCUCACAUUUCUCAUGUUGGAGGUUUGAAUCUCAGACCUCCCCAUGUGGAGUUUGCAUCUUCUCCCCAUUGCCUUCAGCCCACUUCUCGCCCAUAGUCAGUCAAAUUUAAAAACCUUAUACAUUUUUCUGGGGGGGAAUCUUAAAUGGUGAACGCUCCUUAGCUGGUACAAUUUGAAACGCAGCCCAUAAUUUUGAGAAAAAUUAGUACCGUACUCGGCGUACUUGGAUAAUGUAAUUUUUUUAUAAAAAAAUGUAAAUAAAAAAUUCGACAUACGAGGUGCAUCUGCAAUGCAUUCCGCCGUUGUCAUGAUACUUACUCUUAAUAUUUAAAUAUUAUUAUUUAUUGGUAAAUGUAGUUUUACGUUGUAAGGUAAUUAAGAAUUUCCAUAAUCUCCCUGAACGUUCUCAACUCCUUUUUCCAUGCUAGUGUUGCGACAGUGUAGACUGUUGCGCAACUUCCUAAUGUUGACGUACCGAGACUGAGUCAACAGCGCCUCUGCUUGUUGCAACCAAGUACUGCACUCAACAAUCGAGUCUUGACGAUCGAUUAAGAUGUUAUUAUGCCCAUCCCUCGAUAAAAAUGUUGAAAAUUGGCUUAAAACAUUGCACGUGCAGUUAAUAAAGCUGUUUCAUAACCUGAAUAAGUUGGUCACAUCUUGAAAAAGAUCGUUACGGGUCACGUGAAGGGAUUUUAUUUUUUUUUUCUUUGUACAAAAUCUGACUACAUUCCCAUGACAACCGGCGCGGCAGAUUUUAUCGUGUUGGUAACAACAAGGUUGCAAAAAAAAAAGAUGUUCAUGUAUGCUUACACAUUUUCUACGCAGCAUCACUGAGGACUCGGGAGUCCCACUGUACAGUUGUAAGAUUUUCCACCACUCGUAAUCUACAAAGUCAUUCUAAUGUGAACGCCACUGCUGUAUACGUCGUCAGACAUUACGAAUCGAUUAUGAUAGCCCUCUAAAAAUAAAUUAUUUUAUUUUU